AGUUUCUUUUCACUUUUUUUAAGUGUCACCAAGAUAAUUCGUUUGUUCAUGCAUUUCCAUGCUUCACAGUUACACUCUACUACCUCGCACAGAAACCCUCGCUUGCUUCUAAUCCACAAAGCCCUUACUCUGUUAGACACAUAUCGUUUGCCUCUAGCUACACCGCUGUUGAACUAAUUGUGCCUAACCUCGAUCUAUCACUAUCAAAGUAUGGCGAUGAAUGCGGGAGAGACCUCGGCAAAGGUCGUCCACCCCUACCGCCUUACUUUCAAAGCUGGCGGCCUUGUAUCCAAUGGCGCUAAAACCGCUGGCACAUAUUUGGUUGGGCCUGGCAGUGGCUUGAUGUUAUGCCGCUUUUCUAUCACUCUUCUGCAGUAACAUUUGCUAAAAGGCAAAUUUCUAGUAUUACAUCAAGGUGAUACAUUUCACAAAUUCUAACGCAUGCCUUCGGAAAGCUUCAAAUGCACGGAGUUUUUUGUACCGCUCCGCACCCAACUACCGGAAAACCGAUUAAAAUCAGCUUGAGUGGCGACCUUAUCACUCGAGGCUUCGCUGCAGUUUUCAUCCCUGGACAGCCUAAGUCGGUACUAUAUUUUUACUCUUUCCUUGUGUUUUUUUUCAUAGGAAACAAAAAAAAAAAUUCUGUUAUCUUAUCAAAAAAUUGAAUUUGAAGCUUUCCCUAUGUUUCCCUUUUCUUUCUUGCAACGCAUCCGAAUUUCCAUCAUCCACCCCACAAAACGUCGCUUUUUUUUAGGUCUAUGAUCUGCUGUCGCAACUGGUAACCGCAGUAUCCACCAAGGAAUACGUGACGUCAGCCACCAUCCAUAAGGGUGAGGAUACUUUUGUGCUCAAACUCGUGCGCAGUAUGGGCGAAAAUAAAACACAAAUUCACACUGAUUUGUUCACGCUGCCCGAAGUGCUUCCGCGCGAUUUCUUGGAGAAAUAUGAAAGCGAAAAACUCGGCGCUGCUGCGUACCAACCGCCGCAAGCUCCUAUGCAGCACCUUAUGGAUUUGCCCAUUUACGACCCCUCCGCGCUUUCUUCGUCGAAGCUUUCACCUCAAGCAGAUGCUGCUGGUAAAAUAUAUCUCUUUGCAUAAAAAAGCGAUGCUAUAGCACAAAACCAAACCAUUCGCAUGCAACUCGUCACAUUAUUACUCCCAGCAUUUCCAUUUUGGCCAGGUUCUUCUUCCGAUACCAACAUCGACGCGGAAGCACUCAAGGAACAGGAGCAGACCAACUUUGCGAUCAACGAAUCGCUCAAGGCUAAUACGACCAUGAAAACCGUCAGCACGGGCAAAGCCAUGAAGGCGCAAGGCGUUGGAAAAAAGCCGGCUCCGAUGAAAAAAAUGGCGAAGGUCACAAACGCCAUGAAAAAAAACAAGAAGCAAUCGAAGAAAGCGGCAAAGACUGCCAAGGCGCCGAAAAAGGCUAACAAAAAAAUGAUGGCCAUGAAGAAAAAAUAAGUUGUCGAUAUAAACCCAUUUGCAUCACUUGCCUCGCAUCCUUUCUAACCAUUUCUGUUACAUAUUUUACACAAGUCCUACCGACAUUUUUCAAGCUCAAGAAGUAACACACUCAUCGUUUUCCGAUUGUAAGAAUGUCACUCGAGUAAAAAGUAAAUCGAUCAAGUUCGAAAAUCAAAAGUCUACCAUCGAGCUAGUAGCUCUUAUUUUCCAUCCAUUUAGUUACAUUGAAUUUAUUAACAACAUGAAAACGACACGCAUGGAAUAACUACCGCAAAAGUAAGCAAGUACUUCGCCAAUAAAUAAACAAAAAAGACCAACAAUCCACUGUACACGCUAUUCGUAACAAAAUUUAUGAGGGACCUUGAAAUUGUAAGUCGCAUAAUAGUCACAAACUUUGCACACGGUUAACCAUCCACAUGAAUGCCAUAAAAGUGCAACAGUAUACCGGUAAAUUAUCAAACUCGUCAUCCCACAGCAUACUAUACGCAUGACAUACGCAUAAAAAUACUAAGCACAAUUCAAGCGUCAGACGCUACGUCGAACCGCAUAAAAAAAAGCAAGUUCCUCACAUCAGCGCGCGCCAUCAUCUGGC